AAACAAGACGCUGUACGACAAUUUAGUUUUAACUUGAUUUUAAAAAUAUUUACAAAACCUAGAUUACAAAAAAUACGAAAUGUCAACAGAACAAACAAACAUUAAAGUUGUGGUAAGAGUGCGGCCCUACAAUCGAAGGGAGUUGGAACAGAACCAGCGCCAAAUUGUCAAGGUUUUGGACAACAACACUCUGCUCUUUGAUCCCGAUGAAGAGGAUGAUGAGUUCUUUUUUCAAGGGACAAAACAGAACUAUCGGGAUAUUACAAAACGUGUCAAUAAAAAAAUCAGUAUGGAUUUUGAUAGAGUAUACGAUCCAGAAGCCACAAAUCAGCAAAUUUUUGAAGAAUGCACAUCACCUUUGGUUGCUUCAGUGUUGAACGGAUACAAUUGUUCCGUGUUUGUUUAUGGUGCCACUGGAGCAGGGAAGACAUUUACAAUGCUUGGCAGUGAAACAUGUCCUGGUCUAACUUUUCUUACUAUGCGUGAACUAUUUGAAAAAAUACAAGUUCAAAGCACUACUCAUAAAUUUGAUGUAGGCGUAAGCUAUUUAGAAGUCUAUAACGAAUUAGUAAUGAACCUUUUGACAAAAACUGGACCAUUAAAGCUGCGAGAGGACUCGAAUGGUGUAGUUGUUAGUGGGCUCGUUUUAAAACCAAUUUAUAGUGCCGAUGAACUUUUACAACUACUGGCGCAAGGAAACUCAAAUCGCACACAACACCCAACCGAUGCCAAUGCAGAGAGUUCACGUUCUCAUGCUAUUUUCCAAGUUCAUAUUCGAAUGACAGAUCGCAAAACGGGUACAAAACGCACAGUGAAAUUAUCUAUGAUUGAUUUGGCUGGCAGUGAACGAGCCGCCAGUACAAAAGGAAUAGGAGUCCGUUUUAAGGAAGGUGCUAGCAUAAAUAAAAGUUUACUAGCAUUGGGAAAUUGCAUCAACAAAUUGGCCGAUGGAAUGAAACAUAUUCCUUACCGCGAUUCAAACUUAACACGUAUACUGAAGGACUCCCUUGGAGGUAAUUGCCAGACAUUAAUGGUAGCUAAUGUUUCAAUGAGUUCGUUGACAUACGAGGACACCUAUAACACGUUAAAAUAUGCGAGUCGAGCGAAGAAGAUUCGAACAACACUUAAGCAAAAUGUGCUCAAAUCCAAUAUGCCUAAAGAUUUCUAUAUAAAGAAAGUUACAGAACUUAUGGCUGAAAACGAACGUCUUAAAGCUAAAGUGACUCAGCUUGAAAAAUCUUCAGAAGUCACCCGAUCUUAUGAAAGUGAAUUGAAAGCCUGGUAUAGCAAGAUCGAUGAAGUGUAUUCAACUUUUAUUAAAACACAGGAAUAUGUUAUUGUCAAUCAAAGCAAAAUCAAGAGUAUGAACUUUCGUGAGAAAUUGAAGAAGGAAAAUAUAGCUUACAAUACGCUGCUUGAGCGGAAUUCCAUUAAAUCAGAGGAGAUGCUUACUGCUUCCACCUCUGGUUACAAUAAAGAAAUUGCCAGGCUUGAAGAGGAAUCCAUGCGCUGGCGUCGAAAGUUACAUGAUGCAAAUAAGGAUCUAGAAAAACUGAAGAAGGAAAUAAAAGAAUCUAAAUAUGUUGAAAUUUUGAAAAAAUAUGAAAAAGGGAAAGACUUGGAAGUGCGUCAUUCAAAACAAGAUAUUAACAUCAACCACAUAUCCGGCAUAAAUGCUGAAUUUUUGCGGAAUUCAGAUAAACUGCGCAAAGCUUUUGGUAUGGCAUGCGAAUUACUACAUAAGUCGUAUGAUGAUCUCAGUACAAAUAUGCAAGAUAAAUACGAACAAUUACAACAUUUUAUAAAAACACAUGCAUAUUUUGGUCAAGAGGAUUACAAAAAGGACAGCGAUGAAGAUUUGGAAGGUCCAACACUAAAGAUAACAAAUGGAAAACGGUUACAUAAAAUUGCUAACACUGAUGGGCCCACAUCCACAAGCACUGUAAAAAGACCUCGUUUGCAACGAACAGAGUUGACGAAUGACUUUGACUUAGAUAUUAUGGAGGACACGGAUUCUGAUGACUGCAUUAGUAAUUUCAAAAAACCUACAAUCAAACAUACGAUUAUGGAUGAAACACAUGUGUUGUCGUGCGUCACAGAUGAUGAGUACAGUACGAGUACGGAUGUGAGUGCGAAAAAGUCAGUAGCAGAAAGCAAGGAAACCAACAGCUUAAUGAGAAAAAAGAAUUUUGUUAGUAAUAUAUUAUCGGAGCAAAUAGCUAAAGUGCCAACGAACAACAAGGAUCGAAUGAAGAAUGUAUUGUUGAAAUCAAAGACAUUUAAUCAUCAUGGGCUUUUAAAGACUGUAGCGGCUGGCGUACAAAAGGAAAAUAAAAAAUUCAGUCCUGGUUGCGUACGUAAAAGUCCGCGUAGUAUUAUGGUUAAAUCGCUUGCGACAACAGCGAAUAUUGUGAAACGACAAGCAGUGCGCACAGCUAAUAGCAAUGAUCCUAUCGUUCGAAUAAAUCGCGCUGCCUCUUUUAGAGUUAAGAAAUAGUUUAGUUUACACUUGACUUUCACUCCAAAUCUAUGUAUUAUAGUUUACAUCCUCUAUAUUGCAAGUAAUCAUAUACUUAUACAUACUUACAUACAUAUAGACAUAUAUCAUUCAGAUACAUUGUAUUUAUAUCAAUAUAUUUAAAUCUAAGAUUUUUAACUGUAAUGUUGGAACAACUACUUCAACACAAAACAAGCAGCUUAUUGGUGUGAAAUAUUUCCAACUAAAAACACAAGUCGAAGAUAAAAUUGUAUUUGUGAAAAUACGACAUUUACAUGUACAUACAUAUAUUUCUGUGCUAUACUCCAGUUGCAAAUAAAUUUAGCUUUAAUUAUA